CAUAUAUUCUUGAAACCUGUUACCGUAGGAAGUGGCGUCCGCCUCUUUAUUUGACUGAUUCAACAAAAAACUAGACACUCUCAGAAGCCUACUAGAAAAGGACUGAUACGAUUAUUGGGCCUUCUGUCCUUACCAGACAAAUCUAAAUCAUAAUGUGAAACAUCUAGAUUUCGCGCCACCACCCGACAUUUUCAAGUUUUCUUUUUCGUCCUACACUAAGCAUUUCUUGCAAGCAAAAUUAUGUUUUUUAUGUAGAUUACAUCUCCUGUUUGUUUCUCCCAAUCCGAUCUUGGCGAGAAUUCUGAGUUUUGGGAAAGCUGCAUUACAAAUUUUCUGGAGAUACGAAAAAAGCUAAAACCUUUCUUGGGUGUGGGUCCUAUUCAAGUGGGACUUGUAGGAGUACUGCAAAUGCCAGUAAAAAGACCAAUGACCCCCUAUUGCACCAUAUAUGGUGCAGGCAUAUUUUAAUUUCGUACUUUUAAUUUUAUAUAACAGUGGACGGCGAGUGUUUUCUUUUUUAACUGUAACUCAGUUCUUAGUGCUUUAGGUUGUCAUCGUGAUAAAUCCGCAAUAGUUUAUGAACUGGCGGACAAUAUCAACAAGAACUUCAUUUACAAGGGUUCUUAUUGCAGUCCCAUGCAUUCGGUAACCCGAAAAACCCUAUAUACCUGUAGUUACACAUAGGUGUUGAUAAGCUUUCUUUUGUUAACACCAACUAACAAGCUGAAUCUGCUUAGAAGUACUACACCCAAUAUAGGGUGGCGACAAUCGAUUUGCUUGUAUGAAAUGUCUCCACUGUAUGUAGACGUUUAUCAUGUUCCCUCUGCAUAAUAACAAAAGCUCACCUGCAAUGUACUUUUGUAUUAAACAAAUAUUUAGACUAACGCUUAUCUUGGGUAAAAUUGUUAUCUAACUCAGUACUUACAGGUCAUUUUCAUAGAUCCUUCAACUACCAGUAGUUUCUUAAGAAGCAUUUGUAAAAUGUAUUCAAUAAGAAUAAGUCGCUGUAACGACUUACAUACAAUUACAGUAGCACUGGUUGUUUGGGCCUUAAUAAUGGGGGGACAGGGUUGUCUUCAUGUUAAAGGAUCGUGUUGGCGAAAUUCCUGGUUACGAAACCAACUUGGUUACUACCCACCGUACUUUUUCGUAAUAUGAUUUUUGAAACAACAAUGUGUUUUAAACACACGUAUGUAGCUUCCAGUGUACUAAACUUAACAGUGAUCGGAUCAUGAGCUUCUCUUUUUGCACAUUUACCUUCAUCUACUGGUAAAACUUUAUAACAAAACUUAAUAUUAUUAAUCAUACUGUUAUGUUAACGCUGUUGUAAACACGUUUAAUUUGGAAAGCCGGAUAUCUUAUAAGUUUAUGUAUCAAGUACUCAGAAUGCUCUCUAUCUAGGUUAGUUAAGUUUUUCAAUCACUGAAACAUGUAAAUUCAAGUUUAUAUUUCUUAUCUUAAUACCGAUGGCUUGGAGGUUAAUUUAUUAGAUCUUCAGCCACUAAGCUACAGCUUUAAUCCUCUAUCUAUUGUGUUUUGGUUUUGCUGAAAUUGAAUUUCACAUAUAUGUAAAUUUUUGAAUAACUUGUAUUAUCAUCAUUGCCGUUAAUAUCACUAUUAAUAUAAAGUGACAUUUGGAGAAUCAAGGAUUUUGUGUGAAACUCGAUGCAGAUUGGAUCUCUUUAAAUGUACAUUUAAUCACAAAAUGAUACACUUAUGUACAUCAAUAAAUGGGGAAAAAUGUAUCAAGGAAAUAAAUUGCCCUAGAAAGUAAGAAAAAUAUACAACUUUACUGGUUGAUCACAGGUCCUAAUACCAGUCCUACGCUCGGUCAUUCACACUGGAAAUUUUUAGUUUACAGAAAAUCUGAUCCUACAUUUUGUGCUUUGUAGCCUUUAUUCGGCAAGUGUCAUAACUCUACAUUUUCUCUCAGUUGUCUAACAUAAAGAAAUUAUUUCUGAACUACGAGUUAUUUGACUGAUCUUCCUUGAGACGACCCCACAGCAAGUAUUGUCCCCAGAUACAUUGGAAUCUUUCUACUGUAUUUGUGAGACCAUUAGCCUAAGAAUUUACCAGUCACUGGAGCAUUCGGUACAAAGCCAUAGGGACAUUACUUUUGAUGUCAAUGUAAUUAGUUCUGUGACUACUUGUACCAAGUUAUAUAGGGGAGAAAAAUGUUUUUUGCACUGUCUUAUCCUAUAGUUGGUUCAGUCUUGACUUUGUUGUCUCUAACAUAUUUUCAUGUUAUCAGUGAAACUAAACCGUGGAUUUGUUUUCAAAUGUUCUCGUUUUUUCUUAUAGUAUGGAUGAUAAUAAUGAUGAUGCUCCAUUAGAAACGUCAUUUAAGGAAUUUAAGAAAAAGAAAAUAUAUCUAACAGAAAACCUUAAAAGUGUUUAUCAAGACGGUAUUCAAUCGUUGAAACAGUUGAUGGUAUUUGUUACGUUGAUGAUUGGGAAUUUUUAGAAGAUGAAAGAGCGAAAACCUUAAAAGUAUGUCAUGUUUUGAUGUAUAAUUAUUUAAUUCUGUUCUGUUUCUAUGUGGGUUCAGUAAGCAUGGAUAUAUUAUUUGACACAACUUCAUUGAUUUGCUAUACUACUAAGAGUGGAUAUCAAAGAAAACUUACAAUACCACCUGAAUAAUAAAAUGACUUAUAAUAAACUAGUCAACGAAAUCGAAUCUAGGUGCAUCUGCUUAAUGACCGAACCUAUCCAUUACCGUGAAUCCUGAGGUGUUAGUUAUUAAUAUCUACCUUCCGACAUGUCGCUACGUUCAAAAUUUAUAAAAUUCAAUACGUAACCAUAAAUGGUUCUUCGUAGAAUAUGGUGUGUUAUUCUAUAGAUCACUUUUACAAGGUUUACGAGAUAAAAGCACUAAGAAGAAAUUAGUACUAGUAGCAGAAAAUAAAAGAAGCUCUUGACUAAAGUCGACGUUAAGUGUUAUCCAGGGGAGAUAUGCUGUUAAUAUGAGUAUAUAUGGAACUCUCCUAACCGAGUGAGGUAGUACCUUGAAGUUACCAGGUUAACGGUUGCUAUUGUACCCAAUCUUUUCACUUCAUAAAGAUAUUUCUACUUGAAACCCUUCAUUGCGAUAAGUGACUUAAAACAUACCUCCAAAUGCCGUGGUACGUCAGGAAGUGGGGAGAGUCAGCUCUCCUCGAAAUGCUGUUAUAUGGCCACGUGCAUACCACUGCCAGAAAAAGCCCUACUCAUUGCCUUCUCGCGGCGUGGGUAUUGUUUAUGAAACUGAGAGGACGAAAAGCGAAUGUCUGGCGCUCUAACCGGGUUUGUAAGUACGGAAGGCCCACCUAGGGGAGUUACAAAACCUGAUUCCAAUCUACUGGUGCACAUGGGCUCCAGGAUCCUGAGGGAACAAAUGGUGUAUGAACCAAUUGUUGGUCACAGGCUACCAUGGGACUGCAUCUCCUUACAUUGCUCCACUGCCUUGUGGACUAAACCUCUAAGUAAAAGACUCAGGGAGUAGCCCCCUAAGAAAACUACCUUCGGUUUGGGCACCCGGGCAGUAUUCCAGCCCUCACGCAAAUCGAAUGAUUUAUGUGGUGCAUAUCUAUUUGGUGCCUCCUCAUACCAAUGUUUAUGUGUUUAAAUAGAUAGAUAAAACAUACUAUAAUAAGAAAUUAGUUAUUUGGUCAAAGUAUCCUGGUUAUUUCAUGUUUACUCAUAUGUACUUUGGUCACCGAGGCGGAUUUUGUAGUACUGUUAAGUAUUCUACAAGUUUAUCAAGUCCCGAGAAUUUUCCAGCUCUAGACAUGUUAAGAACUGUUAAAGAUUUCACAUAUUAAUACAAAAUAACAAGUGUGGUGAAUUUUUCUAAUGUUCUAUCUAAACGUUCUCGAGUCACUGCCUGGUAGAAAAUUGUAUGCUACCACCAAAUACGCAUACUGAAGCAGUUUUUCUGAAACCACGUGCACCAUUCAAACUGACUGCCUUCAACGUUCGCACACUUAUGCAGGUCGGACAACAGAUAGGGUUGGGUAUCUCUUUGGGGAGUCUUAAUAUCAACGUUCGUUGUCUAUUCGAGACCCGUAUUCAAGACUCUGGUGAAGAACUACAAAUUCACACUCCAUCUGUCGCCUCAAAAAGCUUGUUGUACGUGCGUUUAUCCUGGGACCCUGUGGCAUUUUCGUCUGGUCUUGCUGGCGUUGGUGUCGCACUAAGCGCUAGAGCUGAGGCAGCACUAAUCGAUUGGAUCCCCAUUAACAGUCGGUUAUGUGCUGUUAGAUUAGAAAGUUCCAUCAAAGUGAGAAGAAAUCGGCGUGAGAAACGAUGUCUUUUCGUCAUCUCCGCCUAUGUUCCGACAGAUUGCAGCCCGGAUGCAAUCAAGGAUGAAUUCUACCACCAAUUAUCUGUUCUUCUCCAGAAAGUGCGUUUGACAGAUAUUGUAGUACUAGCUGGAGACUUGAAUGCUCAGGUCGGGCGUCUAGGCACAGAAGAGAGUCGUUUAGGUGGCCGAUGGGGAAUUGUUGGUCGCAGGACAAAUAACAGGGACCGUCUACUGCAACUGUGCACAUAUCACAACCUGUUUCUGGCUAGCACCAACUUCCGGCACAGUCAUCGCCGAUGUGCCACCUGGCGUCCUUCCUCUGCAUCUCAAGCCUGGACUCAGAUUAAUCACAUCGCGAUCAGCUACCGCUGGCGUGGUUGUGUACAAGACCGCCGCCAAUCUUACCUUACUCUUCAGUGGCCAACGAAGUGACCACCACGAAAGGAUUGAUGUCAGCAGGUUGGUUGCAACUUCUGUUGCAGGUAAGUAUCGAACCGAGCUAGCUUCUAGGCUGGCUACCAUUUCACCGAAAAGUAUAGAUGAGCAUUGGUUGCAACUGUAUGACGCCAUGAAAACGGCGGGUACAGUUAGUUGUGGGUUCGCGAAACGUCCCGCUUAUAAGCACUGGGUUUCUGUAGUUUCCUUACAACUCAUCGAAGCCCGUCGGUCUACUCUGGGUGACCGUGAGUUUGACCACAAACGAAGGAUGUUACGUAAUGAAGUUGGGGAAAGCUUGCGUAAGGACCGAGAAGCCUGGUGGUCGGAGCGUGCUAAUGAGUUGGAAGCAGCAGCUGCAUCUGGUAAUUACCGGAAGCUCUUCCAGCUCAUCCGAGCCACUGGCAGCAAGAAGUCUGGUGUGAGCGAAACAAUCUGUGAGGAGGACAGGAUGCCAAUCACUAACAUCCAUCGACGUCUUGGACGAUGUGCAGAAUUCUUCGAAGGGCAGUUCAACUGGUCUGCUGCUCCGACAACAUCGGUCAGACUGUCCUGCCCUCCAUGGCUGGUGGCGACUGAUCCACCAAAUGAGGUGGAAGUCCGCAAGGAACUCCAACUCUUAAGGCGCUACAAUUCACCGGGCCCAGAUGACUUACCUCCGGCUCUUUUUAAAGAUGGUGGUGACUUUCUGGCAUAGAAACUGAUUGUGUUGUUUACAAAGGUCUGGGAGCUAGAGAGUGUACCAACGUCAUGGAAUGAGUCGAUAGUUGUCUCUAUCUUUAAAAAGGGUUCAUGUCAUUCCUGUAACAACUAUCGGAGGAUAAGUCUGCUUCCGAUUGCGUCCAAGCUAUUGGUUUCCGUCAUACUUCGUAGGUUGUUCAAAACCCGAGAAAGAUUGACUCGCGAGGAGCAGGCUGGUUUUCGUUCCGGUCUAGGAUAUAUUGAUCAUUAUCUUUACCCUCCGCCAAAUGUUAGAACACCACCAUACUUAUCAAAGGCCAACAAUCGUAGUGUUUCUUGACAUCAGGGCUGCCUUCGAUUCGUUGGACAGGACUGUUCUUUGGGAUUGUCUAUUGAAGAAGGGUGUGCCUGAGAAGUUUAUUAACAUCGUAAAAGCCCUAUAUACAAACACGUCAGGUAGAGUGAGGGGCAUACAACCACUUCUCUCCAUUGUUCCAUUCGAGCAGUGGGGUUAGGCAGUGUUGCCCAAUCUCACCAUUCCUCUUCAACUUCGCCAUCGAUGACAUUCUGGAAACAGUUGUGAUGGAUGUAAGUAAUGGUGGUGUGGAUCUGUUGCCUGGAGAAAGACUUCUCGACCUUGAGUAUGCGGACGAUAUUGUCUUACUGUGCGAUAAUGCCCAAGGCAUGCAAUCCGCACUUAAUCAGUUGGCAAUUAGUGUCCGUAGGUAUGGUAUGUGCUUUGCACCUUCGAAGUGCAAAGUACUUCUACAAGACUGGCAGGAUUCUAAUCCUGUACUCACCCUGGAUGGUGAGCAGAUAGAAAUAGUCGAGAAGUUCGUGUAUCAGGGUAGCUGCAUAAGUGCUGGUGGGAGUGUGAGUGAUGAGAUCAAUGCACGUAUAGUGAAAGCCAGAGCGGCUUAUGCCAAUCUGGGCCACCUUUGGCGCCUUCGUGAUGUUAGUCUGGCUGUAAAAGGUCGGAUCUAGAACGCGUCGGUGAGAGCAGUUUUGCUCUAUGCUUGUGAAACCUGGUCUCUCCGAGUUGAGGACGUUAGACGACUCUGUGUUUGAUCAUCGUUGUCUCCGAAGGAUUGCUGACAUCCAGUGGCAACAUCAUGUUAGUAAUGCAGAGGUUCGGCAUCAUGUGUUCGGGCACAGAGACGAUAGUGCAAUUGGUGUCACUAUCUUGAAACACCGACUUCGGUGGCUUGAACAUGUUCUACGAAUGUCGUCCCAGAGAAUUCCACAUCGUGCAUUAUUUGCCGACUCUGGGACUGGUUGGAAAAAGCGGAGAGGUGGUCAGUGUAUGACAUGGUGUCGUAGUAUGAAAGAAGGCUGCAAACGGCUGGCUUGUGUUGAUCCUUCACGACUCCCUGGUUGGGGUCCGAGAGAUGGCGCAACACAGUGGCUAGAGACGUUAUCAGAUAUGGUUCAGAAUAGAAGCCAGUGGUGAUCCUGCUGUAACCUUUUACUCUCUUCAUAAAAAAGUGGUUGUAUCUUCCUUAACUGAAGGAAUUCUUCUGGCUGUACCUCUUCGUUUCCCCCAUUAUUAUUAUUAUUAUUAUUAUUAUUAUUAUUAUUAUUAUUAUUAUUAUUAUUAUUAUUAUUACACUACCUUGCACCAACCUCUUCGUUAUUGUUCUUUUUUUAACACUCCUUACCUUCUUUUUUUCUCUUCGAAUUCUCAUUGUUUUGUGUGGCGCAUAUAUAUUUAGAGCCCCCCUUGUACUAAUAUUUAUGUGUUCAAAUAAAUAUCACUCUCACCCAACCAUAGCAACUUAUAUCUUCUACCGCAAUCAACUGGCUAUUCAGUGUAGUUUAUUGUGACUGUAAAGCAUUGUACUGAAUUCAAAACCUACUGUAUAUUUCAAAUUUGGGAUAUUUUUUAUCAGGUUAGUAACUAGUUAUCUGCAUAUUGUCGUAAAUGUUCCUGUUAAAAUAUUUAUCUACUUUCUGCUGUGUGAAUAUAUACUUCCAAACCAGAAACUGAAAAAGAUGCUGCGUCAGAAUUUAGACUCGAACAAACGUAAGGAAGUGACGGAUGCGUUACAUUUGGUAAGACAGCGAAUAGCCACAGCAAAAGAUAGAAAAUUCCGUAAGCAAUUCAUGGAUAAACUGCAGAAGGAACAAAUUGAAAACUUGGAAUCAGGGAGAUCUGUUGGUUUUAUUCCUCGAGGUAAGUACACGUAUGUUACUUUUUCAAGAGCCUAAAAUAACUGGGCAUAAUUUUCAGACAUUCUUUUCUUUUGACGUAACUUUCGUCACAUUUGGGUUUUCUAAAAGCUAUAAAUGUGCAUUUACUAAAGUUUUUAUACCUAAAAAUGAAUAAAUGCAAUUAAUUUGUUAAAGGAGUUUGUGUAAUGUGUCUAGUAGAACGUGUAGUAAACUGAAUAAGAACGUUGAGAAUACGUUUAAGAGCAAAAUGAAUGAUGUCUUUGGAAAUAGACACCUCUAACCAGUCAAUCAAGCUAUAAUGAGAUGCUUUCGCAGAUGUUUUGUAAAACCUGAAUCAAACUAAUCGUUUUAUCGAUUUUCUGAAUGCUUUGUUUUCACUUCAUGAUACUUUAAACCUGGAUUUAAAACAUACAGUAUGACGUAGUAACUUCUAGUCCAACAUCUGUAAAUCUUCUAUCUUUUGUUUAGUUGAGCAGUACUAAUUAUCAUUUAGCUGAAAAUACUGAACGCAUAUCUUAGUUAUUCUGUUCGACUCGGAUUCAGAGCGUUGCAAAUUAAUUUUCAUCUAUUAAAUGGGUAUGCUCUUCACAUCAACACUUCUGUUUUCAGCAGUUCCACCACCUGCACCUGUUUUCCUAUUUGAGCGAUGACUUGUCACUUAUCACUUAAUACUAUUAACUAUGAUCCCCGUGUAUGCGUAAAGCGGUCUUCCAUAUCGACGUUUAUCUUCUAGAUUCUUAUCCAACUUUGUCAUAUUUACCUUUUCAAAGGUAACAGUUUCUUCCUUCAGUUGAUCAUUAUUAGUUUCCUACUUUAGUGUUCUCUAAUUCUUCUGGGAUAUACAGGCAACAUUUUUUCAGUGCUCAUAUUGGCAAAAUACGGUUUCAUUAAUAUAUGUAUUAAUACUAUAAGGAUAUUUGAUAUCCGUUUCUCACUUCCGAAAUAAUAAAAUAGUGCCUUAGUUGUUGGUCUACACCAACGUCUAGCCUAUCAAUAGGGAGUGACGUGGUUAGUCACUGUGACCAUUUCAUAUAAUUGCCGGGUUACAUUAGUAUUAGUAUAGAUACCGAAAAGAACUAAAAGUAAAGUUCUAAAUAUUAUCCACCAAUAUAUAGCAGUAACGGUCGUUUUAUUCAUUACCACAAAUAUUUUUACAAUAAGGAAUUUUAAGCACCACUUAUGGAGUAUUGCAGUCAGUUUCGCUAUGAAACAUUUAUGUUGCAAUUAUGGAAAAAUUUUCAUUAGUGAUUACCGAUAAUCACUAUCUGCCGCGGUAAAUAUCAGAUCAGUCUCGCUUUAAUCUAUCAUUAUUUUCUGAAAUUAUUUUUAUUUUACGAAUGUAAGGCUCAUUGACAUGAACAUAUAACCCCUAGCCACUUCGAAUUUCGUCAAAGUUAUUAUUUGACUUCCUUAUUUAUAACUUGUCAAUCAGUAUAACAAUCACGUAAUUCUUGGGACAGUUUAUGAGGAUAUAAGUUACUGAUUCUGACAGUCUUUUGUAGAUUUUUGGUUGAUUUAUCUUUUCGAUUAUCAGGUCUCAUGAAACAAAUUUUCAUUACUUCCGGUCGCAAGCACAAAAUGAUUAUCGACUUAAAUCAAUUGAAUAUAUGGAGUAGAGACACUUGUAUUUGAUAGGGGAAUGGUAUCGUGCUCACAGCGGAAGGUUACCACCCCUGGUUGAAUUCCGUUCGGGAAUCACAAACUAGAAAAUACCGGUCAUUAAAUGCUUCCUAAUAUGUAUAUGUUCUUCGUAAUACAAACUAUCUUUGAGAAAUAGUUAUGGUUCGUUUCGUUGUCCUAAAACCGCGUUCUUUUUGUUAGACUUUAGAUCAGUUCAACAAGUAUUUUUUUAUGUCAGAGCUUACUUACACUAUUAACAUAACUUUCAAACUAAUUUUCAAAAUUUAUCAGCGGAACUCCGUAAACUCGUUCAGAAUGAACGUCUGGCACAAAUGAGCAAACGGCAAAAAGAGCGGUAUUUGAAUAGGAAAAAAAGAAGAUUUACUUCGGAUGAUAGAUAAAUUUAUUUAUAUAUUCUGCAUAUAGUUUUCCUAAAUGAUACAUUCGAACUGCCCACUGUAAAUUACUGUACAUUUGUAAAAGUUAUUAUCUCAUCCCAACAAUGUUGUAUUCUUUGUCCUCUAUCAGUAUCUGGUUUUUUUGUUUAUAUAUAUAUAUAUAUAUAUAUAUAUAUAUAUAUAUAUAUAUAUAUAUAUAUCGGUAACAUUUUAGUAUUCAGUUUAUACUGAAACUACACGAUCACAAAUUUCAGCAACAUAUGUAACAAUGAAUAUUUAAGUUGAAUUUUACCACUUUCCAAUUGAGCUUAUUAACAGUGUCCUUGCGUGUGCUCAAAGUAUUUCUGAAACAAAUUGAUUAAUGAAUUAUACGUAUAACUUUAUUCCCAUUAUUCUUUCAAUUUAUUAAUCUUAAUUUUCUUACGUUAGGAUCAGUCCUCAGUGAUUGCUCUUUCAAAUGAAGUGAUUUUUAGCUCUAUAGAUAUAAAAAGACUAUUAUAUAAUUUUCCGUUCAAAGAAUAUUCGUUCUCACAGGUGCACUUAUUUUAAAAUAUAAUAUAUAUAAGGUGAUACAGCAAUCAAAAGACUUCAUUACAGUCAAUAUCGAAUAAGUUUAGGAUUUGAAGAUUAAAACAAUACAUAUUUAAGUUAGUCAGGAAGCUUCAUAUCAGUAGUAAACUAAAUUUAUUCUUUUAUUCACACAACUGGUAUGAGUAUGGGGUCUAUGUGGAAUAAAUAGAAUGUGGCUAACAGUAGGAUCCAGGAUGUUUUUUCCUGUUUGGGACUCUUCAGGUGGGUGUACCUGUACCCUAGAGUUAAUGUCCACCCCGGUUUUCGGACCCAGUGCCUUUUGUUUCGAAAGCCAACGCGUUGUCAACUUAACUACUCCAUCCAGAUAGACACAUCUGAAGAUGGUAUAAAGUUUUCGAUUUGUAGUAGUUUGGAUUAUUCUGUCAUUGACAUUUGACAAGUGAGUGAUCAUAUGAAAUUGUACUGUCAGUUGCUACGUUAACCCUACAUAGUUUAUUCUAACUUCCAAACAAACCAAUCUAUUCAUUCUUCUUAAACCACAUUUCGACCUUGUCACUUAUUGGCUUAUUUAUUCUGAUUGUUUCUAGAUGAGGGUAUGUGUGUGCACAUCUUAUCCUACUCAUCAUAUGUCUAGACUAUUUUUAUCUGGUUAUAAAUAUUGAUUAAAUCGGGUUGGCCCACUUGCCUUUACUGCACGUCACUUUGUUUUAUCUUGCUUUCCAGUCAACGCUUGUUCGAAAUAUGCAUAUUCAAAAAUCCAUUUUCGCAUUUGACUUAUUUAAUUCCGUUCUUCACCAACGCGAGUUAAGUCGAUGAUUAUAUACGAGGUUUGGUGAUAAGCAUGUUUCAAUAAACAUCAGCAUGCAAUCUAACUGGAUUCAGAUUAAGGACUACUAGGGACCCAGUAGCUUGGUGGAUAACGCGUUGGCGUUCGAAAUGAAAGGCAAUUCGUUUGAAUCUCAAGGUGAACACCACCUCUAAGGUACAGAUACACCCAGCUGAUCAGUCCCGAAUAGAAUGAAAACACAUCCUGGAUCCAACUGUAAGCUGAAUUUUGUCUGAUCUACGUAAACUUGUAACAGUGUCUAUGUGGGUGUGAUCCUCAUGGAAUGAACAUGCGCCAACUAAAACUAGUCAAUAUAUCAACAACGGGAUAACCCAAACCAAUACAGAUUAAAUUAAAAAAUAAGUAUAAGUUUCCAAAAUUGGUCGUUAGUCUUUGUUGCACCUUUCAUAUUAUUUUUACCGUCUGAGAUCAGUUGUGUGACUUCUCCAUUCAUCUAACAGUAUCAUGAAAUUUACUGUGUAAUGUUAUAUGACCAGUCGAUAAAAUCUGAACAUUUCUUUACGUCGGAGUAAUUAAGGACUACUGACGCAGUAAUUCAACUUAGUCCUUGUACCAUUUACGCUCUUUUAAUUGUUUUAUUCGGCUCUAGUUUAAAUUAACCUCGCCAAGUAUUGGAGUAUUUAUUGUCUACUGUUAAUUCAUAGGUUUACUGGUGUCAGCUUUCCUGUCUGCUGUCUUCUGUUAAUGCUCUGCGCUAAUUUCUAAACGAUGAGUGUUGUAAACUAGUUAGAAACCUACCUCUUUCCGUACAUUGUAUUCCAAUUGUUAUGAACCUAAAUCUCUUCUUUUUAACAAGUAAUACCAGUACAACUUGUCAUAUCCUCUUAGGUUACAGUCCUAGAUUCCGUCCUCACAAAGAUGUUAUGCUAGAUAAACUCCUGUGCCAGCAAGCACAACGCUUUUUCGUUGUGGGUUACCAUUUGUUUUAUGCUGCCAAAAGCCUACCAAUAUUAACUCUAAGCUUUUCGCAAUCAAUGAGCAUUUAACGUUUGGUCUUAGAUUAGUUGCCUCAGUCGUGCUAACCACAUCUUUAUUCCCCGGUUCUGACUAAGUUGGUAUCCUCGGAAAAAGUAAUUGUUUUGGGCGAGGAAAGUAAUGAGAUUGAAGCCGUGUAGAUAAUGCUAUUAUUGACCAAUGUACUUUAGUAAUCAAUCAAAUUGACAGACCUUGCUGUUCGAAGGUGAUAUUCACUAGCUAUUUAAACAGGUCGUCUUUAUUUCUCAUAAGUACAGAGAACAAUUAUGCAUAUCGAAAAGACUUGCAUUUUCGAUCAAGCACUUACCUUUUCAUUCAAAUCGUUGCUAGCUCGUUCAUAUAACAUAAUUACAUAUAUAUCUCUGGUGAAUAUCCAAUAGAGUUACUGUACAAUUAAAUGUUUUGUGUUACAUUUUUUAAUGUUACACUGAUAGAAUACAAGUCAAUUCUAUUUCAAAUUUGACUUCGUGAUUUCGUCCUGUCGAAGUUCUAGCCCAUUUCAGGUUAGUAGUAAUUUGUCAGCCUAUUUCAAAUGUCCACACAAGCCCAGUUUGACUUCAACUGGUUUGUAGAUCCCCGGUUAUUUCAUAUGUAUUACUUAGGCUUACCACUUUGUGUAGCUUAAAUCGACUCAUAAGUUCAACCAUUAAUAUCACCACAAUUUCCAAAAACCCUCAUUCUGACAAGAAUUAAAUAAGCCGAAUACGAGAAUGGAUUUUGAAUAUGUGUAUUUCGUGCAUUCAGUGAUUUGAAAAGGCAAUCAAGGAAACGAAACAGGGAAAAGUGAAGCAUAUUGAAGAAGGCGAGCGGGCCAACUCGGUUUAAUCAAGCUUUAAUCAAUAUUUAUAACCAGAUAAAAAUAAUCUACAGACAUAUGAUGAGUAGGAUAAGAUGUGCACACACAUACGCUCAUCUAGAAACAAUCAGAAUAAAUAAGCCAAUAAGUGACAAGGUCGAAAUGUGGUUUAAGAAGAAUGAAUAGAUUGGUUUGUUUGGAAGUUAGAAUAAACUAUGUAGGGUUAACAUAGCACUAUUCCUCACGUACGUCCCCCGCAGAAUGUCCGGAAGAAACACGUAUGCAAAAUAAAUGAGGGCGAAGGAGCGUGUGUGCAUUCAUGAACAAAAUCAAAUUAAUAAUACAUUAAUUUCUAAAAAAAGUCGGCUUUUGGAAAUAACACUGAAGAGGUGUGUGAUUAGCGCUAACAAUACGUAGCGAAAACAGUUGUACUAUACACCAUAGAUCACAGUAUCACGUGAAGAGUGAAUAUAUUAUGCGAAAGUGUUAUCCUUAUGUAAAAAGGUACAUUCAUAUCGUCAAGACUUGAAUAAAAGUGGAAAUGCUAGCAUGUGAUUAUGAGUAAAUCAGUAAGCGUACAAAAAUUUAACAUGCAUUCAUGUCGCGAUUGACUGAACGAUAAAAUAACAUGUUCGUAUGGGCGAUUCUAAAUAUCGUGAAAAUAGUAAUAAAUAAAUUAGUGUAUUUGUAAUAUCCCAAUGAGUAGAAAAAUUCGAUUUUCUGACGUUUCUCGCCAAAUUCCUAAAUCAUCAUCAUAAAGCAGCACUGGAGACUUAACUAUGCUUGAGAGAUCAUUUACAUGCAGUAUAAAAAGUAGAUCACCUAGGACAGAGUCUUGACGUACUCUAUUAAGUACCGGUUCCCAAGGGGAGAAUUUUGAAUUUAUUCUUACUUCCUGCCUACAGUCUGCUACGAAACCCUUGUUUGACUUUGGGAUAGGUCCAGCAAUUCCUAGAUUCUUUAGCCUUAGGGGGAGUCUAUUAUUCUGCAUCUGAUCAUACACUUCGCGGAAGUCUACGUAGGCGGAAUCCAGUGAUUUUCCACUAUCUGUAACCUCCGUCCAUUUCUCAUGUUAUAAGGCUUAUUGAACAAAGUAAUCCCUUCCUAAACACAUGUUGUUCACUGUUUGACAAAUUCUUAGUUUCCAUGAAUGAAAUUGUAGCCUUUUUUAUUAUUUCUACCAGUACUUUACUACGAAUCUGGUGAAGCUGACAGGUCUGUGGCUCGAUGGGAGUUGUCUUAGUCCUGUCUUAUGAAUUGGAGUGGCAAUAAAAUCUUUCCAGUCCAUAAGUAAAAUUUUUAAGGUGUAGUUCAUCCAGUCCCAUUGAUUUUUCCGUGUUUAAAUACCAAAGAUGUUUGGUACGCCGUCUUGAUCCAAAUUCACAGUGAGCAGCUAAUUUUGUGACUUUGUAUUUGGGUCUAGUCAAUCGUCUAGAAUGGGCUCCUGAAUGAAAAAUGUCCCCAAAUUGUUCAUCAUUCCUCUUGUUUUUUCCUGGUCUUCCUCCGCCAUUCAUGAUGCACUCCUGUAAUGAGGUUUGGAAUCCAAUGGUAAGUUCUUGUUCUGUAAAUUAUGUACAAGAACAGUCUCUUCGGCAGAUCGAUUACAGAUUGAGCCAACUGCUUUUCGUAUUUUUGCUGAGCUGCCCAGACUGCCUAAACACUUAUUUCCGACGGACCUGUAUCGUCCCAUCGUAUUUGACGUCUCAUGGCUGAUGGCAACGUUCCAAUAUUCUUGUCUUACCCAACGUCAAAUGUCUCGGUUUAUCAAGUACCUUGAUUGCAUAACUGCCGAAAAUUAGUCCAUGCUCCUCUUACUGAUGUGUUGGAGUCAGUUUUUCAUUUUUUUGAUCGAGGCUGGGGAGUUGAUCUCCUUCACAUCUGCGUUUCAUAAGUUAGAACUGCCUGCUCAACUGCUUGAUGGAGAGUAGAGCCCAUGAACUUGAAUAAGAUAAUCGCAUGAUCAUUCCUCCUCAUAGGUGGAAGGAACAUUAUUUGACUAGAGUCAUCAAGUUGCGUAAAGACUGAGUCCAAGACUAACAAGGAGUAUUUAAGGUCAUAUGUUGUUAGAUCUCCAAUGUGCCGAAAUAAAGCUAGAGCGAUUAUAGUUCCUAACAAUUUGUGAUCAGACAGUGUUUUUGAUUGCCCUAAAUUAGUAAGCGUACAAAAAUUUAACAUACAUUCAUGUCGCGACUGACUGAACGAUAAAAUAACAUGUUUGUGUGAUCGAUUCUAAAUAUCGUGAAAAUAGUAAUAAAUAAAUUAGUGUAUUUGUAAUAUCCCAAUGAGUAGAAAAAUUAGAUUUUCUGACGUUUCGUGACUCAGUGUAAGCGACUUCUGCAUAGAAUAUAUAACCAAAUGAAAAUUAAUCCGAGUUUAAAUAGUACAACAGAACAACACAAGAAUAUAUUAGUUUAUUUAUAACAAUCUACCCAAUGCUCAAUUUAUUCGGAAUUAUCAAGCCAAACCUUGGUAAUGAUGCCUACAGAGUAAUAAAUCGUUUAUGGGUAUCCCAGUGGAAUAAGUCGUGAAAAUAAGUAAGGUGGAAUAUGAUAACUUGGUCUGUGGUGCCGACUGAGUAUGAUGAUAAAGGACAGUGAAAUAUGAAGAUGUUCCGAUUAGCCACAGUGGAGUAAAUAGCGUCGAUUAGCGACCAGUGGAUUCAAAUUCAUAUCCAUGGAGUUUAUUUGAGAUAAAAAUAAUCCAACCGUAAAAUGAUAACUGUACUGAUGGGCGACAUGCGUUGCUGUACUGCAAUUGACAGUAAUCAUAAAAUGCGAAGUCAGUGCACCUCGUCGUUCACGUUAAAACCAGAUGCUUCGAGUCGUCGCUGAGCACAUAUUCGUGGAUUGACCAAGGGAGCAGAAUAGUGACUGUGAAGACGAGAUAUUCUGUGCCGUAUUACUUUUUGGUAGUGAAGCCUAGCGUAGUUUGUGUCGUUGGAGGGAUACGCGCGCGACCUCGUUUGUUACGAAACCGUACUUAGGCGUGAAAAAAUACCAAUACAUAUUAUCGAUGACGGCAGGACUGACUUGGAUGGGACAAACAAGAGUAUAUCUUUGAGAGACUAGCUCUAAGUUCUAUGUUCUGACAUAUAGUACGACUGGAAUAGAAUAAUAAUUGCAGUGAUGAGAUAAUGUUUAUGUGUAAUUGAUGAUGCGGCAUGCAGAUAUUCAUGUGAACGAAUAGAUAAGAUGAACAUAAUCGUUACUAAUCAGUUAGUAAUGCGGCGUCGAAUAUCUGAUGUGUAUAGAGAUUGAAGUAAGGAUCAUCGAUUAGACAAAAAAUGGCUGACGUUCGGUUUAUGUUGUCGCUGAAAAAUGUAAGACGACGAUUGCUGUGUACCAUUGAGAUUGUAGCGGCAAAUAAAUCCCUAA